UUCUUCUCUUGUAAACAGUGUACGGAUCUUGUUUGACACACAGCGCUGGAAGAAGACUAGCGGCAUGCGGUGGUAAAUUAGACAGGAGAAAUUAUGGCGGAUUACGAGCAUAACACAAGGGGUUCCACCGCCGACGGAGCAGGGCCGCAGGAGGAGGAAGGCAGAGUGAAAACUAAGCCUGUCUCUUGUAGCACUGUGGGAGGAGAAGGGACAGCAGUCAAACGCACAUCCCAGCAUCUCACACCUGAAGAUGAGGAAGAGUCCUCAGCAGACCCACCAGCACCCCGCAAAGUCUCCAAGAUAGGCUUUAGCAUGAGCAGUCAAAUGGGGAAGAAGUCGAACCCCAUAUCUAUCAAACUUGGAGCAACAGUGAGUAAACCCAAAGAGCCUGUACCAUCACUUCCUCCAAAAAAGGCAGGGCUGGCGUCUGUUUUUAAUGAAGAUGAUGAUAGUGAACCGGAGGAGAUGCCUCCAGAAGCAAAGAUGAGGAUGAAGAAUAUUGGCAGGGAGACACCAACAUCUGCGGGACCCAAUUCCUUCAACAAGGGCAAGCAGGGCUUCUCUGAUCAUCAAAAACUUUGGGAGAGGAAGAUGAAGGCCCAAGCAGACAAAUUGUAAAUGACUACCACAGUUUUUGUCACUAAUGGAUAAUUCUGUAUAGUUUAAACCAUGUCAGAGAUAUCUACGAAGGUUCAAAUGAUUCCUCCUUGUAGCCUCUGCUUUAACAAAUUUGUGGACAAUGAAGAGUACUUUAAGCCUUCUACGAUACUCUAUGAUUGAACUCACGUUUACAUAUCUAACCACUACUGGCAGAUGCUAACUGAGAGGAUAGGUGCAGUGUCAAGCCUCUGUGAUGAGAGGUGCAGAGUGGGGAGAUGGGACAUACAAAUUAGCCAGAAUAUUGUAAAAUUUGCUACAGUUGCUUUUUGCUGGCUAAUGAGAAAAUCUAGCAUCUUAGAGCCCUCAUGCCCCUUUUGUGACAUGCUUGUUCCUAUCUUAAACUGGUUAGGUGUGGCCCUGAGCAAACUCUCAGUGUUGCUUGUCUAAUAUUUGUGUAAAAAUGUACAAAGAAGUGUGAAUGUUUUAUUUUUAAAUCCACAAAUGGGAGCAUGUGUUUGAGUGUAAUGUUAACGUGCGUGUGUGGGGCAUAGACUAGACGUACAGAUGGAUUGUUUUGUUUCAUUUAGUUUCUCAACAUCAAUGUACACCCCUUUUGUUUUCACCAGCUGUGCCACCUCAGAGGCAGUCUUGUUUGAUUUUAAUGUUUUGUUUGUUGGAGCUUUGUGCCAGUACUUCUGGUUUCGCUUACUCAAAACUGUAUUUCUGUCUGCUUCACUGAAUCUGGCAAAAAAUGUGGCUGUGAUCAUUUCUAUGUUCACAGUGGAUGUACUGAUGUGUUUUUAGUUGACAACUGUGUGAAGACCAGAAUCAUACAGCUGUGAUAAGGAUACCAGGGUGCUGGUCAUAUGAAAUGAUUUCUGUAUGGUUAAAAUAUAGGUUAGCAAUGAUUACAAACUCCUUCAUCGCCACUUUCACAUCAGAAAGUCCAUGCUGCAGAAAUAUACCCCUGAUCCUUUUGGUUCAGAUAAAUGUGGUACAUCAUUAACUUUUUGGAAGAUCUUCUUGAUCAAAAAUAUAAACUUUGAAUUCCUCUGUGGGUUACCUAACUGUUGUGCGGAUUUCCCCCAAAUGAAUAACAUUAAUAUCCACUGUUACGACUGUUUUAUCAAACAACUCUCUUGGAUACAUAUUUAAAAGCCAGUCAUAAUAAAACAAUUUGGAUGGUA